UCCUACAAGCAACUCCCUUCCUUUCCUUCUUCGUACACUAAAUAAUUCCGCAUUUGUAAGAUACGACGAACAAGCAGUUUGUUUGCUGCGUCUCAGAGCCUAUAUACGACUACCAUCCAACAAGCCCUUUCCCAACCUUCGGCCGUCGAGCUUGCUUGCAAUCUCACCCUCCCUCCCUCUCUCUCUCUCUCUCUCUCAGACAUGAACUGCUGGCAUGUGUUGUAGGCGAUCGUCCUCGUGUGUGCAGAGGGAGACUGGAGGGAAGGAUCUCCACAGUAGAUAGUAGUCAGACAGGUUGAAUACCACCGCCAGUCGAGUCGAGAUUUAAUGGUGUGAAUGUCCUCAGAUUGUAUGCCGGACAAGCUUCUCGUCUCUUCUCUUCUCUUCUCUUUCUGGGAAUCAGAGAAUUCGAGAUCAGCUCACGGGAAGCAGCAGCGCUUUCAUCAGUAGUCGCAGCAGUAGCAGUAGCAGUAGUCUGAGUGGUACACGUACGCUGACCUCGUCCAAAUUGCCCUUCGUACAUUCAGAAAUGUACACGCGAGUAGAAUGGCCGAAGGAGGCGCUGCAAAUCGGACUGGAGCAGUCUUGAUUCCUCCGACGAUUGUUACAGUUUCUGGAGCUUUCAGUGCAUCAUCGUGCGGAGAGCUUUGCCAAGGAGAUUUCUGCACGAAUUGAGCGCCCAAAUGUCGGUGGGCGUGAAGGGAAUGGAGCCGAAAACGGGCAUCUCGGAUCUGCCGGAUGAGAUUUUGCAGAUCUGCUUCGCCCGAUUGCCUCUGAGGCAUCUGCCCAUGGUGAGAGUGGUGUGUACGAGGUGGCGGAAUCUGGGCAGCUCGCAGUUGCUGCGCUGCCUCAGGAGAUCGCUGGGAUUGACUCAGACUUGCACUUUCGUCAUAAAGAACGAGUACAUAAGCGGCAGCUAUCGAGGGCUCCAAGUGAGGGACAUCGAUUCUCGCUCGCUUGCGACGGAUUCGAUUGCAACCCUGGACGGACCCCAGAGAUUACAAUUCGGAGCAGCCGGAGCAGACGGCCUCAUCUACAUUCUGGGCGGCAGGUCACCUCUGAUCUGCCGCAAGUCGACACUCAAGGCAUGGAUCGUUUAUUCUCGAGUGGAUGUCUACGAGCCCUUGAACAAUUGCUGGUUCCAGUUGCCGCCCAUGCGUCGAGCUCGCUUCGGGUUCGCGGUGGGAGCCUUCGUGAAUUCGGUGACCAGUGGCUCGAAGCUCAUCGUGGCCGGUGGGUUCGACGGCGAAGGCGAGGCACUGUCGGUGGCGGAAGUGUUCGAUUUCGGGUUAGGACAUUGGACCCCGAUUCCGAGUAUGUGCAGCAUGGCUGGACCUUGCACAGGGGAGGUGGUCGAGGGGAAAUUCUAUGUUCAGCGGGCGAAUUCCAAAGCCGAUUCUUUCGAGGUUUAUGAUCCCUCCGUCGGCCGAUGGACAACUCACGACGCCAUGAUAAACUUUUGCAUGCUCACCUUCCACAUGCCUGAUCGAUAUGGAGCGCCCCAAACUGUCACAGUGGAUCUAUGACCUGACCUCGCCCACGAGCUCCAUUUUCAGACACCAGGAGCUUGGCUCCAGCGAGCCCUCGAAUCGACUGAACGAAGAAAUACUGAACAGAAAGGAGCUGGAUCCGAACUGACCUCCUGGAAAAUGGUACCACGAUAUGCCGUCCCGUCCAUGGCCACGGGCUCGGUGACAAGUUGAAGCUCGAGCGAGCGUCGAUCGAAAUCUGAAAAUCAGAUCUCUCAAGACAGACAGUCCUGAACUUUCGCAUGCUCCUUGCGGGCAAUAUUUCCGAUCCAUCUAAAGGAGCGACUCCUGAUGCAGACGAACUUUGAAUCUGAUCCACUUUACUGGAAUAAGUCGUAACAAUCAUCCAGCUUCCAGCAGUUCGGCCUCUGUCAAUCGAGGGCCACCCUCUGCGUUGAUCCGUAGCUUUGGAGAUUUUAUAGAAUAGCUUCCCAAGUUGUGUGAAUAACAGUGUGAAUCGAGCUGUAAAUGUCGGAGAGCCCUACCCUAUUUUCGGGACAUAGAUUUAAAUCCCCCAUAAAACAUUUCUCUUUCCACGGCUCUAGAUAGAAUUAUAGAUAGAUAGAUAGAUUUAGAUGUUCCGAUGGGGGUUGAGAAUUACACAUACUGGCUCGCAAGAACUCGGAUCACACCUUAGAUGAGAGGAGUAGACACAUUGUAGCCCACCUGUCAUCAGAAGCCAGAGUUAUAUUAUACUCUCGUGGCUAUCCAUCCCGUUUUCCACUCAGGUAGGGGCGAACAGUGUCCAGAAAAUUCUGUAAACGGAUGCGGAUAAUUUCGAUGCGAAUAAACCGCUUGUCACAUCGUCGAGGAAGCGAGUACAUUCAUUCAAUCGGGCUUGUGCACCUCUGAACCAUCUCACCGUCCCAUUCAUGUCUAGCAUUCAUGAACUCGCCUCGAUGUGUCGUAUGAAAGAGGAGGUUCCGACUC